AUGCUCGAUUCGAUUACUUCCUUCAAUACCUCAGUCAAACGUUGGUUUGCUGGUAGUAAGAGUGAUUUGAAAAAUGUCCAUAUCGAUCAUAUCUUAAAUGGCACAACAUGUCAACCUAUUUCGUUGCAAGAUUUUCGAAAUUUUUUAUUAAACAAGGAACAUUCUGCAGAGAACCUCGAUUUCUAUUUUUGGUACUUAGACUACAGACGUCGAUUCCAAAACUUGCCACAGGAAGAAAAAGCCAAAUCCCAGCCACCCAAGGAACGCGCAACUAUGGCCUCCUAUAAUCUCCCAUUGGACGAUUUGAAAAAGGAAGGUGUCAAGGCUACUUUUGUAGAUCCUACUAUUGACUAUAGUGAACAAGCAGUUCCCACAGAGCUUGAAUACGUAUCAGAAAAAGACCAACCUUUUCGAUCCGAAGUUGAUGCGGUAUUAAGAACUUUCUUUCAUGCAGACUCUUACAAGGAAAUCAACAUUGCUGGCUGGAUGAGUCGUCAUGCUGUGUAUUAUGGGUGCCAAACCACUCAUCCUGACGUGUUUCUGGACGUUCAUGAACAUAUUUAUGGUAUUAUGCGAACAUCCAGUUUAAAGAGUUUCAUCCAUCAUGCUUUACAAAAUAUGCGUUACAGUUGGAUCAUUCUUCAUUAUGUCGGUGGUAUAUUCAACCUUUUACAUCUACCCGCCAUUUUGAUGUAUACGUUCUCGCAUCAUACCUCACGAUGGAUGCGACUUCUGUUAUUUCCCUUUACCUUUUUAUUUGCGGUCAGUAUUCUCUCGGGUCGCGCAGGCUUCUGUACUAUUCGUGCAGCCAUGAAAAUUCGCAUGAUCCCCAUGUACGAGAUCGACGAAUACAACGCUUUAGGAGAAGGAAAAACAGAGAAGUUAAACGGAAAAAAAAUUGAUGUAGAGAACCAAAAGAGUAUGGUUACUGUACUCGAUCCUGAAGUAUUAAAGUAUACAAGACAAAUGUUUAUUCAUAUCUGGGUGGUUAGUAUUGUAUUGAGUUUGAUCGUUACUAUUGCAGGCGUAUCCGUAACAAAUGAAAAUGAUCCAAUGCCUCUUCAAUAA